AUGAAUGGACGUUUAGAAAAACCAUUGCCACCAGUAGUUGUAGAUGCAAAUCAUCAUUCAAUUGAACUUCAAUGGGAGAAUGUAUUAAUUCAAGAUAAAAAACGAUCAGAAGAAUCAAGAUUAUUUGAUGAAUCAGAUUCAGCACGACCAGGUUCUUUAAUUUAUUUACAUGGACGUGAGAAAAAAACUAGUUCAUUUUGGGGAAGUAUUUAUACAGGAUCAGCAAUGUCAUAUAAAAUUGAAAAUCUCAAAGCGAAUACUCAAUAUGAAUUUCGAAUACAAUGUAAAUCUGGUUAUAACGGUGGUGAACGUUCAGAUUGGUCAUCAAUAUUACAAACAGGAACAACACCAGAACCAAUGACUGGUGAAACAGUUUUCAAAGCAAUUGCUGUGCCUGGAAAAGAACAAUUGGAAAAAUUACUUCGAAUUUUAGGUUCAGAUCAUCCUUUAUUAGAACGUCCAGAUAAAGAUGGAAAUUUACCUUUAAUGCAUGCAUGUACUAAAUUUGAUGUUGGAAAAGUUGAAUUAUUGAUUAAAGCUGGAGCAAAUGUUAAUAGUAGUAUUGGUUCGGGCAAAACACCACUUAUGGUUGCAGCUAGUACAGGUUUUCAUAAAGCAUGUGCAUUACUUAUUGAAAAGGGCGCAAAUAUUCAUAGUAUUGAUCAAAAUGGUAGUACUUCUGUAUUACAUCAUGCAAUUGAUAGUAAAAAUUUUGAAACAAUUGCUAUUAUAGUUCGAAGCUUAAAUAAUGAUAAAGAGAUUGAAAUGAAUAAGGAAGUUGGAAUACAUAAAUGGACACCAUUAUAUCGAGCAGUAAUGCAUGAUUGUAAUAAAGAAAUAAUUGAACUUCUUCUAAAUCAUGGUGCAAAUGUUGAAUGUGAAGAUAAAUCAACUGGUACAACAGCUUUACAAAUGGCUGUUAUUCGAGGCAAUUUCCUAACAACACAAUUAUUAAUUACUCAUGGAGCUGACUUUAGAAAAUUAAGCAAAGCUGGUGGAAAAACACUUCAACAAUUGGCUAUGUCUACUAAUAAAAUGGUAAGUGAUAAAAUUUAA